AUGGGGGGCGGGUGUGGUCGUGGGGAGCAGAUUUUUGGCGACAUCCUUGGCCAAAGAGCAAAAGAGGCGGAGUCUGAUCUCAAUUCCGCGACAGAUGGACGUGCUCAUUUGGACAGACGGUGCACCGUGCAGUCAGCGGUCACUAAUCAAGAGCGAUGCGGGGAAAUGAACGCACGGUGCGGUCUCCCUCCGAUGACGUUUUUCACGCUCUGUGCGGUCCAUUCGUUGGAAUGCACGGUGCUGAAAUGUCGUCGGUUCCUCGCUCCGAGCGCACGGUGCGAUCUGUUUGCAAAAUUCCUCGCGCGACUUUUUCUUCAGCCAACCAAUGCACAGUGCAGACAAAAAACAAUUGUCGCCGUUGAAGAAUCGGUUUCGGAUUCUUUGGGUGGAGAAACGCUUUGGGAUGUCGCGCGUUUCCACUUCCUCGGAAAAAUGUCGCUGUUUGUUUUCGGUCGCGAAUUUUGCAAGAGGCUGCACGGUGCGAUGACUUCGAAAACAAGGAGGCUGGUUCUGGGCGCACAGUGCAACGGGUUUUGA